GCCCCGGUGGUCAAACCGGUAGGCCCGACGGCGUUAGCAUGACAUUUCCUCUCCCGUUUUCUACAAACUAACCAACCCAUUUUCCAUUUUUUCUGCAAAAACCACGCUUUGCAUGUUCCUGGAAAAAAGAAUUAAAAAAGGCUAUUUUUUCUUUGAACAAUGAUUUCAUUAGGAUUGUUUUGAAAAUCUCCAAUGGAAUACGGAAUCGAAGAAGAAAACGAGAUGGAUCUAGAGAAGGGUCUGGACAAGCCGUUUAACUCAAGUCCUAACCUUCUCGCAGAGGUAUCAUCAUCAUCAUCACUCCCUUUUCCGUCACCAACACCGUCGCCUGCUGCAACACCAAGGGCGACCCUGGUGUUCACUAAUUCUGGCAAGAAAUUGCUCGUGUCCAAUUCGAGCAAGUCACUGGUUGUUUCCAAUUCGGGAAAGCGGUUUGAUAGAAAGAAGUACUUGAGGCAGGUGACCGGCCGUCACAAUGAUACCGAGCUGCAUUUGGCUGCGCAGCGUGAUGAUUUGGAGGCUGUUAAGAGAAUUCUUGGUGAAAUUGAUGAGCAGAUGAUAGGGACGUUGAGCGGUACUGAUUUUGAUGCUGAGGUUGCCGAGAUAAGGUCUGCAGUGGUGAAUGAGGUGAAUGAGCUAGGAGAUACAGCCUUGUCCACUGCAGCCGAGAGAGGACACUUAGAGGUUGUAAAGGAGUUGUUGAAGUAUACGACCAAGGAUGCGAUUUCGCACAGGAAUCGAUCAGGGCUUGAUCCUCUUCAUCUUGCUGCAAGUAAUGGUCAUCAAGCUAUUGUCCAGCUACUGUUAGAGCACGACCCCACAAUGGGAAAAACAGUUGGCCAAUCAAAUGCAACUCCUCUUAUUUCUGCCGCCACAAAAGGGCACGCAGCUGUAGUUCAUGAAUUGCUAUCAAAAGAUCCGAGCUUACUAGAGAUGACUAAAUCCAAUGGAAAAAAUGCUUUGCAUCUAGCUGCCCGGCAGGGGCACGUAGAAGUUGUGAAGGCGUUGCUUGACAAAGAUCCACAGCUAGCCCGUAGGACUGAUAAGAAAGGGCAGACUGCAUUGCAUAUGGCUGUUAAAGGAUUGAGUUGUGAAGUGGUGGUGCUGCUGCUGGAGGCAGAUCCAGCUAUUGUUAUGCUCCCAGAUAAGUUUGGGAAUACAGCAUUGCACGUAGCCACCAGGAAAAAGCGGACACAGAUAGUGAAUACAUUGCUGCGCCUUCCUGACACAAAUGUCAACGCACUAACAAGGGACCGUAAAACAGCCCUUGACAUAGCUGAAGCCCUCCACUUCACUGAAGAAACCUCAGAGAUAAGAGAGUGUUUGGCUCAUUACGGUGGCGUAAAAGCAAGUGAGCUUAACCAGCCACGGGAUGAGCUUCGGAACACUGUAACACAGAUUAAGAAAGAUGUGCACUUCCAGCUUGAACAAACCCGAAAAACAAACAAAAAUGUAAGCGGGAUUGCCAAUGAGCUCCGUAGGCUCCACAGGGAAGGAAUUAACAAUGCCACUAACUCAGUCACAGUGGUUGCUGUACUCUUUUCAACAGUUGCGUUUGCAGCUAUUUUCACUAUUCCUGGUGGUGCCAAAGAAAAUGGAACGGCUGUAGUGGUGAGCAGUUUAUCAUUUAAGAUGUUUUUCAUCUUCAAUGCCAUUGCACUCUUCACUUCACUGGCUGUUGUGGUGGUACAAAUCACACUUGUUAGAGGAGAGACAAAAACAGAAAGAAGGGUUAUAGAGGUGAUCAAUAAAUUAAUGUGGCUGGCCUCAGUCUGCACUACAGUAGCAUUUAGUUCAUCAUCAUAUAUAGUAGUUGGCCGGCAUCGCAAGUGGGCUGCGAUUCUUGUUACGGUUAUAGGAGGAAUUAUAAUGGCAGGAGUUCUUGGCUCCAUGACUUAUUAUGUGAUGAAGUCCAGAAGGAUUAGAAAGGUGAGGAAGAAAGAGAAAUCUUCAAGAAGAAGUGCAAAUAGUUCUUGGCAUUAUUCAGAAACUGAUUCAGAAGUAAAACCAAUCUAUGCCAUUUGAUGUUCAAUCCUAAAUCUUUCCAGCCUCUGGUGUCUUCUAUUAAUCUUCAAAGCCAUUUCACUCUUGAAUUGAGUGUGAAUCAUUUGGUUUUCCAAGGAAUGGAUACACUACUUCGAAAGCAGAACUUGUCUCCCACGCACCCUCAAUCUUCAUGGCCAACAAAUGAAAGCAUCAUGUGAACAAAGUAUAUGAUAAUUUGUGAUAUUCUUAGGAGCCCCCCAAAGUACGUUUAGCUAUCUGAAAUUGAGGAUAUGUGAUUGAUUGAUUGCUU